AUGCGAGCGCAGCCGCCGCGCCGCGCCGCUCGCCGCGCCGCGACGACGUCCGCGGCGGCCCCGCCGCCGCCGACGAAGUUCAUCGUCGUCACGGGCGGCGUCAUCAGCGGCAUCGGCAAGGGCGUGACGGCGUCGAGCAUCGGCGUCUGCAUGAAGAUGCUCGGCGCGCGCGUGACGGCCGUGAAGAUCGACCCCUACCUCAACGUCGACGCGGGGACGAUGUCGCCGCUCGAGCACGGCGAGUGCUUCGUGCUCGACGACGGCGGCGAGACGGAUUUGGAUUUGGGCAACUACGAGCGGUUCCUCGACGUGCUCCUCGGCAGCGACAGCAACCUGACGACGGGCAAGAUCUACAAGAAGGUCAUCGAGCGCGAGCGGUGCGGCGACUACCUGGGGAAGACGGUGCAGAUCAUCCCCCACGUCACGGACGAGAUCAUGGCCCGCGUCGAGAGCGUCGCCCGGGCGCCCGUCGACGGCAGUGGCGCGCCGCCGGACAUUUGUAUCGUCGAGCUCGGCGGCACCAUCGGCGACAUCGAGAGCAUGCCGUUCGUGGAAGCGCUCCGCCAGCUCCAGCUCCGCCACGGCCCGUCGGGCUUCUGCCUCGUGCACGUGUCCAUGGUGCCGACGACGGGCCCGCCGCCCGGCGAGCAGAAGACGAAGCCCACGCAGCAUUCGGUGAAGGAGCUGCGGUCGCUCGGGCUCACGCCGGAUUUCAUCGUCUGCCGGUCCGCGCACGAGGUCGGCCUCGCGACGCGCGACAAGAUCGGCCUGUUCUGCAACGUGCCGACGGAGCGCGUGCUGAGCCUCUACGACGUGCCGAACAUCUACCGCGUGCCCCUCGAGAUGCUCGACCGAAAUUUAGACAUCUUGAUCUCGGAGCAGCUCCGGCUCACGAGCUACCGGUCGUCCGGCGCGGUCUUCGAGGGCCGCAGCGACGGCGGCGUCUCGCUGCAACGAGACGCGGCCUUUGGCGAGUCCUGGAAGGCCAUGGCGACGCGCAUGGAGUCGAGCGACCGGGAGGUCGUCGUCGCUUUGGUCGGCAAGUACCACGCGCAGGCCGACUCGUACCUGAGCGUGCAAUCCUCGUUAAAGCACGCCUGCGUCGCGAGCGAUCGGAAACUGCGCAUCGAAUUCGUCGACAGCGAGAAGCUGGAGGACGGCGACGCCGCGAGCUGGCGCGCCGUCAAGGCCGCGGGCGGCGUCCUCGUGCCCGGCGGCUUCGGCGACCGCGGCACCGAGGGCAAGAUCGACGUGAUCAAGUACGCGCGCGAGCAUGGGACGCCCUUCCUGGGCAUCUGCCUCGGCAUGCAGCUCGCCGUCGUCGAGUUCGCGCGCAACGUGCUCGACAUCGCGAACGCGACGAGCUCCGAGUUCGACGGGUCCGUCGCGGGAACGCGCGACGAGGCCGUGCUCUUCAUGCCCGAGGGGAGCACGACGACCAUGGGCGCGACCAUGCGCCUCGGCAGCCGGACAACCUUCCUCGCGGCGGACAGCCUCGCGAGCCGCGUCUACGGCGGCGCGCGCGAGGUCGACGAGCGCCACCGGCACCGCUACGAGGUCAACCCGGACCUCGUCGCGGAGCUUGAGGACGGCGGCCUCCGCUUCUCGGGCAAGGACGACACGGGCCGGCGCGCCGAGGUCGUCGAGCUCGACGGCGACCACCCCUUCUUCUUCGGCUGCCAGUUCCACCCGGAGUACAAGAGCCGGCCGCUGUCGCCGUCGCCGCCCUUCCUCGCCUUCGUCCGCGCGGCCGCGGCGCUCGACCCGUGCCCGUAA